AUGGCCACAGCUACUGACGAUGUUGCCGCAAAGGCAGAAGGUAUCAUUUCGCACAUGAACAACGACCACAAGGAUUCGCUGGCUUACCUUGCGACGCACUAUGGCGAUCUUGCAAAGCCACUCAAGCCCAACCAGGUACUCAUGACCGCAAUUGACAAGAAGCAUCUCGAGAUUGUCUACAACACCCAAAAGGGUGCUACACCUGGUAAGGGCAAGCCUGGCUCCAAGACCGUCAGCGUUCCUUUCUACCCUCACCUCGCUGGCUACUCUGAGGUCCGACAGCGACUGGUUGACCUCUCGGCCAUUUCCGAACGCGUCAUCACCACGCGCAAGCCUGAUAUCGUGUAUCGUGCUCCAAAGCUUGCUCUCCAAGGAGCAGUGUUGUUGGGAGUGGCGUACUUUGCCCUGCGAUCAGACACGCUCGCGUCGCAUGGCCUCGUUCAGUCUAUCGUGCCCGAGGGUAGACUGGCGCAGUGGAACGAUCUGCGCAACAUCACGCUCGGUGGGCCCGCCAAGAUGGACGCAUUCAUCAAAAGCAUUGUGCGCGUUCAUGCAAUCGAGGGUGCGCUCAUGGCUUUAGUCUGCUACUGGAAGGGCGCAAGUCAUCUGGUUGCUAUCAGGUGGAUUUUGACCACGAUGGUACUGGGCAUCCCUUCCUGGAUUGCCUUCUUUACGCUCAACUCGCACAAGAAGGCGCUCAACAGGUCUAUCCACCUUGAUGCUGACAAGAAGAAAAAAUAA